GGCCGUCAGACGGCUGGCUCGUUUCACAAGGCUCCACGCUGCUUAUCUGCCCCGCAGGAUAUCAUAUCUGGCGUCUGCUUUUAACGUUAAAUAGUCAUGAAGUUGGAGACGUCGUAAAGGAGAAGGUUUGAAGCUGCGUGUGGGUGUGAACAGCCAUUGUUAGACAUCUCAAAGAGAAGCACGGCUGAGGUGUUACACACUGGACAGCUGUCAUGAAGAAAAUGGACACCAAAACCACAGGCAGCUGGACUCUAAACGGCAGUCCUGCCUCCUCCGUGAAGAACUCCUGCCACCCAAAUCUAAAGAUGUUCCUUGCAGCCUUGUCCUUUGCCUACUUUGCCAAGGCGUUAUCUGGCAGCUACAUGAAGAGCACAAUAACACAAUUGGAAAGGAGAUUUGACAUCCCCAGCUAUCUGAUCGGCAUCAUAGACGGGAGCUUCGAAAUAGGGAAUUUGCUUGUGAUUGCCUUUGUGAGUUAUUUUGGUGCCAAGCUCCACCGACCCAAGAUCAUAGCAAUCGGGUGUCUCUUGAUGUCUUUCGGGACCUUCUUGAUCGCCAUGCCUCAUUUCAUCAUCGGCCGCUAUAAGAUCGAAACAUCAAUUAGACCGUCAGUGAAUUCAACCAAUAACUUCUCUCCAUGUCCAGCAAGCUCACUUGACUCCUCCAGGGCAGGUGACAGACCCUCUAUACUGCCUUCUAGAGGUUGUGAACGAGAGUCCAGUGUUUCCAUGUGGAUUUAUGUCUUACUGGGCAAUAUCCUACGUGGGAUUGGAGAGACCCCAGUGCAGCCUUUGGGAAUCUCUUAUAUAGAUGAUUAUGCUCAAUCUGAGAACGCUGCACUCUAUAUUGGUUGUGUUCAAACCAUAUCAAUUAUCGGUCCUGUCUUUGGGUACUUGUUGGGGUCACUGUGUGCCAAGAUCUACGUUGACAUUGGCUAUGUGGACAUGGAGACGGUCACCAUCACCCCUGCUGACGCCCGCUGGGUGGGCGCGUGGUGGUUGGGCUACCUCAUCGCCGGCGCCAUCACGCUCAUGUCCGCCGUUCCUUUCUGGUUCCUGCCGAAAUCGCUGCCGGUGCCAGUAGAAAAGCAUGACUCCAGCUGCACACCGGAGCAAACUCGGUUCAUCACCGACUCCCCCAACCUGGAACACAAGUUCCGACAGGAGGAGCCAGCUAAUCUGCAUCUGAUGGCCAAUGAAUUUGUGCCGACACUGAAAAGUCUCCUCGGAAAUCCCGUGUUCACCAUCUACCUGUGUGUGACCAUCAUCCAGUUCAACUCCCUCAUCGGUAUGGUCACCUACAAACCCAAAUACAUAGAGCAACACUACGGCCAGUCAGCGUCCAAAGCCAAUUUCCUGAUGGGCAUGAUCAACAUCCCGGCCGUGGCCUUUGGGAUGUUCUCUGGAGGGGUGGUUAUGAAGAAGUACAAACUGGGUAUCAUGGGAGCGGCGAAAUUUGCCUUUGGGACCUCCCUGCUGGGGUACUUCCUGUCACUCCUCUUCUUCGUUCUGGGCUGUGAGAACUCGAAGGUGGCCGGCAUCACCGUCUCAUACACAGGAGCGGGUGGCCUGUCUUAUCAGGAGGGAUCUCUCUUCUCUGACUGUAACUCUGGCUGCCUGUGCUCGAGGAGAGAGUGGGAUCCGGUGUGCGGGGAGAACGGGAUCACCUACGUGUCUCCCUGCUUAGCUGGAUGCACCUUUUCUACGGGCUCUGGCAGGAACACGGUGUUUGACAGUUGCAGGUGUGUCGCGGUGGCUAACACCCAGCCGGGCAAUCUGACGGCCACUCUGGGACAGUGUCCGCGCAGGGACAGCUGCGAUAAAGUCUUUCCCUACUUCCUGGCUCUGUCGGUCCUCAGCUCCUUCAUCAUCUCCCUUGGUGGAACGCCCGGUUUCAUGCUACUAGUGAGGUGCAUUAAGCCGGAGCUAAAAUCCCUCGCCCUCGGAAUCCAUACGCUGGCCACUCGUACGCUUGCAGGAAUCCCCGCACCCAUUUACUUUGGAGCCAUUAUUGACACCACCUGCCUGAAAUGGGGAUACAAGAUGUGUGGAGGAAGAGGAGCCUGCAGGAUAUAUAACACCUCCUCCUAUAGGAUCGUGUACCUGGGCUUGACACUGGGCUUGAGGACAGUCUCUUUCUUCUUUUGUAUUUUGGGAUUCUCUGUGCUGAAAAGACAUAUUAAGAUGGAGGAGAAGAACGCGCUGACCAAUGGGAACACCGAGCUGGAGCUGCUGAGGAAAGAGGAGAACAGCUCCAUACACUGCGAGCAAUUCAUACUGGCCUUGGACUGCAACCAUGACAGAGAGACUCGAUUGUGAGGCUCCGCACAGCCGGAGAGGAACCUCGGAUGUCCUGAGGAUCACACGCUGUGGACACUUUUCAUAGCACACAGAGUAUAUAUUUGUACAUGCUUUGUGUAGACAUACAACAUCUGAACAAGAUCGUUUUAUAAGGAAAUAUGCCUUUUCUGGGUUGUAAAAGUGUUUGUGUUUUUCAUUAACAGAGAUGACUUUUGUAGAGAUAAAAAAAAAAAAGAAUGUAGCCGUU